AUGGAGGAGCGGCUGAGCCGGUGGCUCCUGCUCCCGCCGGUCCUGGCGCUGCUCUGCCUCUUCGUUUUGUACCAAUACGCCUCCCCCGGCGGGAUCUGCCCCAGCGCUCCGGCCGCGCCCCCUCCGGCGGCUUCCCCCUGUGGCCCCGGCUUCUCCUCCGCGGGCCCUUCCCCGCACGGAGGGCACCUGGCCAGGCGGAGGCAGCACCUGCACCGAGCACCGAGCAGGGCGUCGUCCGGGCUCGUCCUCCGCCUGCCCGGCUCGUCCGGGCACAAGUUCCUCUUCGGGCUCUCGGAGCUGUGCCGCCGCGCGCACUUCGACAUGCGGGGCCGCGACGUGAUGGUUUUCCUGCACAUCCAGAAAACCGGCGGCACCACCUUCGGGAGGCACCUGGUGCGCAACAUCCGCCUGGAGCAGCCUUGCUACUGCCGCACCGGGCAGAAGAAAUGCACUUGCCACCGGCCGGGAGCAGGAGGUGGCGCCGGUGGAGAGAGCGCUGCCGCCGCCGCCGCGGGUGCAGCGGACAAGGGGGACACGUGGCUCUUCUCGCGCUUCUCCACCGGCUGGAGUUGCGGGCUGCAUGCGGACUGGACCGAGCUCACCAGCUGCGUGCCUGCCGCUAUGGAGCGCAGGGGAGGCUGCCCCGCCAAUCGCACCCUCAGGAACUUCUAUUACAUCACAAUGCUGAGGGACCCUGUGUCACGUUACUUGAGUGAAUGGAAACAUGUCCAAAGAGGUGCAACAUGGAAGACCUCCCUCCACAUGUGUGAUGGGAGGAGUCCCACACCAGAGGAGCUGCCUAUGUGUUACCUAGGAGAUGACUGGUCUGGGGUCAGCUUACAGGAGUUCAUGAAUUGUGGCCACAACCUGGCUAACAACCGCCAGGUACGCAUGCUAGCCGACCUCAGCCUGGUGGGAUGUUACAAUUUGACCUUUAUGAAUGAGAGUGAAAGAAAUAUGAUCCUUCUCCAAAGCGCCAAGAACAACCUAAAAAACAUGGCCUUUUUUGGACUCACAGAAUUUCAGAGAAAAACUCAGUAUCUCUUUGAGAGGACAUUUAACCUGGAGUUCAUUUCCCCUUUCACUCAGUAUAAUAUUACACGAGCCUCUAAUGUGGAUAUCAGUGAGUCAGUGCGGAAGCGCAUAGAAGAACUGAACUUUCUGGAUAUGCAGCUAUAUGAAUAUGCUAAAGACCUAUUUCUGCAACGCUUUCAGUAUGCUAAACAAGAAGAGCAUGAACAAAAUCGCCAAAAACGACGUGAGGAGCGGAAAAUAUUGCGUGAGCAGAAGGUCCAUGAAUGGCAAAAGGAAGAAGAAGUCAAAGAAAUAGCUGUUACUGAGGAUUAUAACAGUCAGGUGGAACGGUGGUGAAUUGCCCUCGUGUGUGUACGUACAUAGACAGACAUGUAUAUACAUACACACAGAGACACUAAUACUGUGUUGAACUUACAUAUACCGUGGUGAAUUAAUAUGUAGAACUCCUGUUAUUUUGAUGAGACAGAGUCUCUCAGCCACCCUUCAACAUGUUAUGUUUUUAUAGAUUUUGUCACACAAGGAAACAGCAUAUUGCCCUUUCCAGGACAUGUUAAU